AUGAGGAUUCUUCAGAGGAAUCAGCUUCAGAGAAUCUCUAUCAACUUCUUCAACAAAAUCGGCAGAAGCAGAGUAUAUUCCACAAAUAAGGUUCAUGAUGUGGGACAACCAACUGCUGCCACCCAUCCUCAUUUGUUAAGAGAGGGCGAGAUUACACCCGGUAUAACUGCGGAUGAGUAUUUAUCAAGGAGGAAGAGGUUAUUAGAGCUUUUACCUUCCAAUAGUACAGCAAUUAUUUCAGCUGCCCCAGUGAAAAUGAUGACCAACGUUGUACCUUACACUUUCCGUCAAGAUGCUGAUUAUCUAUUCAUCACUGGUUGUCAACAGCCUGGGGGUCUAGCCAUAUUAAGUCAUGACCGUGGUCUAAGCAUGUUCAUGCCUGAAGCAAGUGCACAUGACGUUCUUUGGCAAGGUGCAACCGCUGGAGUCAAUGAAGCAUUAAAUACAUUCAAAGCUGAUGAAGCAUAUCCCGUCAGCAUGGUCAAAAAGAUUCUUCCAGGGAUCAUAAAAAGCUCUUCUCAAUUGUUUCACAAUGUAAAUACUGCCUCAUCAAUUUAUACCGAUUUAGAAGCUUUUCAAACAGCUGUCCGUACCAAAAAAGUGAAAGAUUCUUCUUGCAUUACUCAUGAAGCACGAUGGAUAAAGUCUGAAGCAGAGCUUACACUAAUGAGAAAUUCUGCUGCAAUAGCUUCCCAGGCCCUCUUGAAGACAAUGUUACAUUCAAAAUCCUUCCCUCAUGAGGGUAUGCUUUCAGCUAAGGUUGAAUAUGAAUGCAAGAUCAGAGGUGCUCAAAGAAUGGCGUUUAACCCUGUGGUUGGUGGUGGACCUAAUGGAAGUGUGAUUCAUUAUUCUAGGAAUGAUCAAAAAAUUGAUGAUAAUGACCUAGUUCUUAUGGACGUGGGAUGUGAGUUCCAUGGAUAUCUUAGUGAUCUUACUCGUACGUGGCCACCCAGCGGCAAGUUUUCAACAGUUCAUGAAGAAUUAUAUGAACUGAUUCUAGAGACAAACAAAGAGAGCAUUAAGCUUUGCAGACCUGGUGUGAGCAUCCGGGAGAUACAUAAUUAUUCGGCUGAUAAGAUGCGAAAAGGAUUCAAAGAGUUUGGGCUUUUGAAGGAUGACAAGUUUCAGAAUUAUCAUUUGUUGAACCCUACAAACAUAGGUCACUAUCUAGGAAUGGACGUUCAUGAUUGUUGUACAAUCAGUUGUAACCGUCCUCUGGAGCCAGGUGUUGUGAUCACUAUUGAACCUGGAGUCUACAUCCCCGCUAAUCCUGGUUAUCCAGAGAGGUAUCAAGGCAUUGGAAUCAGAAUUGAAGAUGAAGUACUUAUUUCAGAAUCUGGUUGCGAAGUUCUUACCGGAUCACUGCCAAAAGACGUAAAGCAAAUUGAGUCGUUGCUGAACAAUUUCAGCCACGCGUUUGAAGGGGAGACGUCUAGUAUGGCAGGGGCUGGUUCUUAUUGA